GUUGUCACCAGACUCCAGCACAGUUACGAUGAACCUGCUGAUGAUUAAAGGGAAGUGAUGACUGACAGCACAGGAAGUGCGCUUUGGUCUGUGGAGUUAACGAUAUGCACGUGAGAUGGAGACCGAGCCGCGCGGUUCUGGUGGCUGCGCUCGCGCUCUUCAUCAUCUUCGCCUUUCUGCACUCGCGCCUGCGGAACGGAAACGUGAGCGCGUGCGUGAACAAGCCACCUUCAUCCUGUCCCUCCACCCCAAUCAUUACCGUGACCAGUGCGCGAGGACAGCGGAGGGUCCAGCUGGAGGACGUCUUCAUCGCGGUAAAGAGCACGAGACACAACCACCGGAACCGGCUGGCGCUUCUGCUCGAUACCUGGAUCUCCAUCACCAAAGAGCACACGUAUAUCUUCACAGAUAUUACAGACAAGGAGAUCAGCUAUAGAGGGUUCAACAUCAUUGUCACCAGCUGUUCUCCUGAACACACACAUGAGGCUCUCUCCUGUAAGAUGGCUGCUGAGUACGAUCACUUCAUGGCCUCUAAUAAAAAGUGGCUGUGUCAUGUUGAUGAUGAUAACUACCUGAAUCCAGGUGCACUGCUCUCUCUCCUCUCUGAAUUCUCAUUGGACAGAGAUGUGUAUGUGGGUAAACCCAGUCUGGAUCAACCAAUCAAAGCCCAGGAGCUGCUGCCUAGCAACAAGACUCGAGAUGUGCAGUUCUGGUUCGCUACAGGAGGAGCUGGGUUCUGUCUCAACAGGAAGUUGGCAGAGAAGAUGGCUCCAUGGGCGAGUGGUUCCAGGUUAUUACACACCUCAGCUGUAAUCAGACUUCCCGAUGACUGUGUGAUUGGUUUCAUCGUUGAGAAGCGACUGGGCGUGUCCAUGAUCCACAGCCAGCUGUUCCACUCUCACCUGGAGAACCUCCUGCUGCUCACACCUGCACAGAUCCUCACUCAGGUUACUCUGAGUUAUGGCCUGUUAGAGAAUAAGAUGAACAGUGUGGGACUGAAGGGAGGUUUCAGUACAGAGGACGAUCCGUCAAGGUUUAAAACACUGCACUGUUUCCUGUACCCUCUGACGAGCUGGUGUCCACCUACAUGAACCACUUUAAUUCCCACAAUCCCCUGGAGGAUAAAACACAUGGACCCACUGAGGACAUGCACCAUGUGUCUCAGAGUCACUGUGCGACUGCAUCCAUGUUCCAGUGCUUUUGUGAGUCAUUGUGUCACUGAGUCAUUGUGCCAUGAUUCACUGUGUCCCUGGCCCACUGUGUCCCUGAGUCAGUGUGUCUUAGAUUCACUGUCUCACUGUGUCCCUGGCCCACUGUGUCCCUGAGUCAGUGUGUCUUAGAUUCACUGUCUCACUGUGUCCCUGGCCCACUGUGUCCCAGAGUCACUGUUUCCAUGAGUUAGCUAAAUUUCUUAUAUUCUGCUAGUGUUCAGUACUCACACUCCUAACAGAGCACUUAAAGGUGUGUGCACAUGUGUGUGUGUGUGUGUGUGUGUGUGUGUGUGUGUGUGUGUGUGUGUGCACCUGUGAGAGAUAGUAACUUUUGACUGGAAUAGCACAACUCAUUCUUUGUCAUUAGGAACACACGUGUGUAUGGAAUAAAUACAUUUUUUUUUAA